AUGAAUCCACAUAUUCCAUAGCAGAUGAGAAUUUUCCAAGUCUUAAAAAUUAAUAAGAUUCUUAAAAGUGAGUCAGAAGUCUUUAAUAUUACAAAUACCAAUUUAACUUUUGGGUUGAAGCCAGCUGAGAUCAAGCAAUUCUAUAAAGAUAAAAAUAGAGAUAGAAAUGAAUAUGAGAGUUAAUUUAGCUUUAAGUUAAAGGAAACUGUGAUCGAGGAGGAAGUCAUAAAUGGUUCUGAGAAUGAAUCUUUGGAGUCAUAUGAAAAUGAGGGAACUUUAAACUAAACUAUGGCAAACAUGAAUUUUACUCAACUUAGCGAUACUAUGCAGCUGACUGAGCUCAACAGAUCAAAUAAGGUGCUUAUCAUGCCAACUCCUAACAAAGUGACCAAGAAUAAGCUAUAGCUACAAUUAAAUAGGAUAGAGUAAUAUAUAUCACACCCAUAAUCACCAAACACCUCUAUAAGGUGCUUUGAAUCAAAUCGCAAAAUUAAUAAUUUGAGACUGCCUACAAAAUCUAUGAAUCAAAGAAAAAGUAUACUCAAAAAUCCUAGCUCGGAUAGAAGCUAGAACAGAAAUGCUAAUAAAAAAGUGAGUAUAUUCAUUCCUAUUGAGGAAACUAAAUAUGAAUUUAACGAAUGUUCCUCAUCAUGUACUUCAUCUUCAAUGACUUCUGAAAGUUUUAACUCUUCAAAUGGUUAAAGAGGUCAUUUAUGGGAAGAAUAAAUUGAUUCUCAUGAAUCAUCGGUAUCUAAGGCUUCUAGAUAUGAUAGAUCAUCAUAUUUUGAUAAGAUGAGUGCUAGAGAUGAAGAGUUCAUUGGAAUGUUUACUAAAAAAAGCACAUAUGACCCAAAAAAGAAGUAAGUUUAAGUGUUUGCUAUAAUUUUGUAAAGAUACGAUUAUGAUGAUCUUAGUUGGUGUCACAAAAAAAUGAGAGAAGGUAUAGUAGCGAGAAAGUUUCAUUAUUCAAAUCAUAAGUAAAAUCAACCUUUUUUGUAUAAAUCAAAUUAUAGAAAUGAUAGAGUUAAGAUUUGGAUAUCAAAUGAUGGCAAUAAAAUUAAUUGGAGAAAAGUAAACUCUCAGACCCAAAGUUUGUUAGAUUUGACUUCAUCAGUAAAGAUCAAAAAUAUUUAUGGACUUAUUUUUGGAGCUUUCAGUUCAACAUUUGAAAAUCACAAAGAAUUUGUAUUGAAUUAUUAGAGAUUUAGUCGAUUAACAAAUCAAAAUAACAAAAGAAGCUCUAGCUAGAAAGGUAGUAGUCCAGGCUCGAAUAUUAAAAUUAGAUAAAGACGCUAAGCAAAAUCAUACACAAUGUCCUUGCAUCAGGGAGAUAAGCAUGAAAAUAACUUAUAAAGGAGUGCAGCUCUAAAAACUGAGGAUAAGAUCUUCUAUAGUUGGGAAUGUGUAUCUUUAAUGACUCUUAAGAGAACAUAUGACUUUGUCAUAACUGAAAGAACUGAGAUGCUAGCAUUCAUUAAUUGCAUUCAAAAUAUAAUCUACAUUCAUCAUUUGAAGAGGAAACAAACUAUAACUAUACCUAAGUACUGGUAUUAUAAGAUUCUGAUGUUUAAAAUGAAAAUAUCAUAUAUGGCUUGGGUUCAGAAAAUUCAAUUCAGUGAGGUGUUAUUGAGAGCCAUUAACAAGACUGUAGAACAAUAGAAGCAUUAAGUAAUUGCAGAAUUGAGAGCAUUCAGAAUGACAGAGAAUAUACAUUAGGAUGUUUUGGAAGCAAAGUAACAAGGCAUACUAAAGCGAAAGAGUGUCUUUGUAACAGAUAAAGAUCAACUGUAAGCUAAAGGAUCUCUUCUUAAGAGAAGGGAAACAAUAGCAGCACUAUUAAAAGAGCAAUUAUCAAAGAUGAAUACAUACUCGAAUGAAAACCCUUUACAAGGAUACUAGAAAAUGUAAAUAUUUUUUUCCCUGAUCUUAUUGAAACAGAACUAUAAGCUACAUCACUUGAAGAAGUGUGCUCUUUCGCAUAAAUUCUACAUAGACAAUUAUUUAUCAUCAGAUGAGGAGGAGAUAUAGAAUAAGAAAAAAAUUGCAAGAGAAACAAUAUUUGAAGCAAAAAGGCUUGAGUAACUUGUGAAUGAGGAAUUAAGAAUACUUAAUUUCAGAUUAUAAUAAGUACUAAAUUUAAAAGCUAAAGAUGCAUUCUUCAUGAUUAGCGAGGAUAUUAGGAUGUUCACAAAAAACAAAAAGAAAUUAGUAAGUUUAGUUUUUAAACUAAUUUAGAGGAAAAUUAUUGAUGAAGAUAAUUUAUUAAAGAAGUAAAAAUUCAAGAAACAAAUUGAGGCGAAAGAGUUCUGGCGUAAGGCCAAGAAUUAUAGACAACUAAUCUAAAAAGAGUAAAAAUCAUAAGAGUUCAAGAAUGAGAGACAAAAGAUCCUUGAUAAUAUUAAAAGAAUCAGAGAAAAGUCAUUUCAUCAUAAAGCCAGUUCAUAAAUUCCAGAAUUUCAUAAAUAAAGUGAUGUCAGAGCUAAAUCUUAGAUAAAUCAGGAAUAAGGAGGAUAAUCGAUUGUCUAUCGUCAAAAAGAGCAUUCACCGCUUAGUAAACUUUGGAAGCAAAAUAUGCUUAGGGAUCAUAGAAAUCAUCCAUUCGAAUUUGGAAUUCCACAAACUAUGAAAGAAGUAAGAGUCUCUAGAAACAUUCAAUCUUCUUUUAUAAGCAAAAGAAGAGAAUUCAGAUAUGCACCUAAAAUUGAAGUAUAAUUUGAAGUAUGA